AUAAAACAAGAGGCAACAAGGACCAAUACUGCAAAGAGCCUGAAUGCAAGCUGAGAAAAGAGAACUGCGAGGAGGACGGGGAGGAGCAGAAACAGAGGAGUCUGCAGGCUUUAUGACUCAUUCAGAGAAUGAAGAGAAAGAUUUCUUCCAGCUUUUGACAUUGGAUGGAGGAAAAUACAUACUGGACCACUGCCCUCGCCCACCUCUCUGCACAUUCACACACAUUUAAACUUUCUAUGGGAGGAACACUGACGAACCUGACUGACAACCCUGAAGCUGUCGCUCCUAAAACACAAUGACCAAGUUCUCCACUGCCUCUUCUUUCCCCUUCACUCUUUCAACCUCUGCAUCGUCCGACUCCUCCCUCCCCAUCUCUGUUUCAUCUCUCUCCGUUUCAAUGUCAUCCUUCUUGUCAGCCACCGCUCCUCCCCUUUCCUCUACUCCUUUCUCCACCUCCUCAGAGGUCUCUCAAAAUCAGACUUGUUCAAUUGAUGACACCACCCUCCGUGUGCCGCUGACAAUAUUCUACUCCCUCUUCUUCUGCUUUGGGCUCGUGGGUAACCUCUUUGCCCUGUGGGUCUUCCUUUUCUUACACUCGAAACGCAAUUCUGUAAGAGUAUUGCUCAUCAACUGCGCGGUGGCUGACCUGGUCCUGCUGGCAUGCCUGCCCUUCAGGGUCCUCUACCAUGUUCAGGGAAACAAGUGGUUACUGGGACCUGUAGCCUGCAAGCUGGUGGGGAAUCUAUUUUAUAUGAACAUGUAUAUCAGCAUCAUGUUACUGGGCCUCAUCAGCCUGGACAGAUACUUGAGGCUGAAAGGAAAGGGUAGAGCACGGAAAGGCAUGAUGCUGAGGCUGUGUGGGCACAGCUGGCCGUGGAGCUCGGUGGUAUGCUCGGCCCUGUGGGGUCUGUCGCUAUUGGCACUGGUGCCCAUGAUCGCCACAGCGGAGGACAAAGAGAACAGCGGCCAAUGCUUCCAGUACAAGCAGCGACGCAAGGCCAAAGGGAAAGCCUACUUCAACGCGGUGCUGGUGGUCAUGUUCUGGCUCGUCUUCAUCGUGCUCGUGGUGUCCUAUGUGAAGAUUGCCUCCCAGUUGCUGAGGGUGUCGCGGGACAAGCCAGACCUUCCCAAUGCACAUAAAUAUGCAAGAACUGCCAAGAAAUCCUUCUUUGUCCUCUUUCUGUUCACCGUGUGUUUUGGGCCCUACCACGCCUUCCGCCCUGUCUACAUCCUCUCCCAGCUCAGCGAAACGGUCUCGUGCGACUACUUGCAGCUGGUGGACCACACCAACGAGGUGAUGCUCUUGUUCUCUGCCUUCAAUAGCUGUCUGGACCCGGUCAUGUACUUCCUGUUAUCAGGCUCAGUGCGCAAAACCGUCCUCCAAGCACUUGGACACCGAUUUGCCAGCCGGUUUCCUUACCUACGCGAUGCGACGUCUAACAGCUCUACGACCGAGUUCAGGCGGCCUUCGAUGCCUGCGGGUUUACCACAUUCACAACUAAACACCCCCUCAGGCACCCCGAGAAACAGCAUCUGCGUCAUCAACUCCACCCUCCGCCGCACAGGACUGCCCAUGAUUACAGCACCCGGCCGACAGUGAUCACGAGUCUGACUGGCCGCAAAUACAGAGACAUAAAAACUUUACAUAGGCUGGACUGAUCAGCUAAUUCUCUGUAAAACUGAGCAAAGCAUUUCUUCACAUAUUUGAUUCACAAAAAUAAAAACAUGUUUGUUUUUUUUUACUACUGACUUAUUCUUACUGUCUUACCUGUGCUUAGAGGAAAUCACUGUAUAAAAUCUACUUUAAAGAGUAAUGUCUCAGCGGAGGCAUUAUAGUGAUGACCCUGACAACAGCUUUUCCAUGAAUACAUGCCAUGAUUAUUAUCCAUCAGAGAGUUAUAAUGUUUCUUAAAAUAUAAAUGUGUAUAUUGCCAAUAAUGGACUGUACCAAAUGAAUAAA